AUCCGCCUAUUUUAUCGGACUCUCCGACACCAAAUCCCCCAAUCAAGACCCGAUCAAGAACCGAAGCUUCCAUCGAAUCCUCGCUCGCCAAGUCCGCCCGGUCCGAAUCCUCGCCGAUUUCGUGCCCGCUCGAUUCGAGGCCGCGGAGCGAUUUGGGCGCGGAAUUCGGAAGGGGGGGAUUCGGGCGCGCGGACGGACGGAGGCGAUCGAGGGGAGCAGCCAUGAGCGAGGUGUUCGAGGGCUACGAGCGCCAGUACUGCGAGGUCUCCGCCUCCCUCUUCCGCAAGUGCACCGCCGCCUCCGCUCUCGAUGGAGAGAAGAAGAAGCAGAGGCUCUCAGAGAUACAGUCCGGCGUGCAGGAAGCUGAAUCGCUGAUUCGGAAGAUGGACCUGGAAGCGAGGAGCCUGCAGCCGAGCACGAAAGCGGGUUUGCUAGCUAAGCUGCGGGAAUACAAAUCUGACCUCAACAACCUCAAGAGCGAGAUCAAGAGGAUCUCGUCGCCCAAUGCCAGGCAGGCUACAAGGGAGGAACUCCUUGAGUCUGGCAUGGCUGACACACUCGCGGUGUCUACUGAUCAAAGGGGAAGGUUGAUGAUGACAACUGAGCGACUGAAUCAGUCCACUGACAGAAUUAAACAGAGCCGAACAACUAUGCUGGAGGCAGAAGAUCUUGGUGUGUCAAUUCUUCAGGACCUUCAUCAACAACGGCAGUCACUACUGCAUGCCCACACUACCUUGCAUGGUGUCGAUGAUAACAUUGGCAAGAGCAAAAAGAUCCUGGCGGCGAUGUCAAAGAGGAUGGACAGGAACAAGUGGAUCAUUGGGGGAAUCAUGUCAGCUCUAGUUCUCGCCAUACUUAUCAUACUGUACUUUAAGUUCGCCUACUGAGCCAGGCAGGUCCUCCAAGUUGCAAGUGUGCUGAGUGAUUGUGUGGUAAGGUAGUGUGGACGCUGUACAUUGGACAACCCAGGCUGUCCCUCCAAAGUUCACCUGUUUCCCCGAGCAUCAAACAUUCGAGCGGUUCAUUGUCACGUCAUGUAUAGUAACACUCUGAUCAGAUGUGCCUGAUCAAUUUGUGAUGUAAGUAUUCAAAA